AUGACCCCCUUCACGAUCUCCGCCCUCCGAAACCUCCCCUCCCUAACUUCCGACCAAAGGACAGCAUUGAUAGACUCCAUUGCCAAGAAGAUGACAACGACCAUGAUCACAGUCUCGCAAGAGAUCGAGAACGGCAAUCUAGACGCCGACAACACGGCCCCGAUGCACAAAUUCAUCAGGGUCAUCCUGCGCCACGACCGUGCACACCAGCGGAAACUCGAGCGGAAGGUCGAGCGUUACCAGCGCCGAGCGCGACUCUGGCGGGCGGAGCGGCGGCGGAUACAGAGCGAGUUUGCGGAGAUAGUGCAGGUUUUGCGAGAGGCUUUGAUGGAGAAGACAUCGAAGGGUUCAAAAGCGCGGCCACCGCUACGGCCGAAUUCGGGAUCGGGCGACGGUUCUUGUGGCGAGUUGGGCGAAUCAAAAAGCGCACAGUAA